AUGAAGCUCGGCAAGAAGCUUGCAGGCUACCCCAGCCUUCUGUUGGCCGGCAAUCCUUCAAAAGUUGACAUAGGCAGGCUUUUGUUGGGCAUAGUAUCUUCAGCAGCGGCUGGUGUCCCCUUCCCAAUCAUCGCUAUUUUGUUCGGUCAACUGCUAGACGACUUCAACGCUGUAACAUGUGAGGAAACCGAAUCGACUGGUUCCGAUGCCGAUUACCAAAAUGACAUUAACGGCAAAAUCCUGAUCAUCGUAUAUCUGGCCAUUGCUCAAUUCGUUGCGAUUUAUAUACAUCUUUCCUGCUGGAGCUUGAAUGGUGCUCGGCUGGCGCAGAGACUGCGGGAAACAUAUCUGGAGAACUUGCUGCGACAGGAACCUUCAUUCUUCGAUGAUCUGCCUCCGGGAGAACUCGCAUCUCGACUCAAUGGUGAUAUCCAGGCGAUUCGAUCGGGCACAUCAGAGAAAGUGGGAAUAUGCUUAUCGACCUUGUCCUUUUUCAUCACGGCAUAUGUCGUCGCCUUCAUCAAAGACUACCGGCUGGCAGCAAUGUUGAUUUCAUUAGUUCCUGCCUACUUCAUAAUGUCAUUUGUGGGGAGCCAUUAUAUUGAGAAGUACUCUGGACGUAUGUCAGAUUACGCCGCGACUGCUGCAUCAAUUGCCUCCGAGGCGCUCUCCAACACCGUCGUGGUGCAGGCUUUUGGCGCAAGUUAUCGACUGGAAGACAAGUUUUCCAAGGCUCUGAAGGCUUCAGAACAAGAGGGCUUGAAGAAGGCUGCCGCCGUGGGAAUACAAUCUGGAUUCCUGUAUUUUAUCGCGUAUUCUGCAAAUGGUCUGGCCUUCUGGCAAGGCAGCAAACGUGUUGCGGAUUCAGUAGGCACUGACACAGCUGGUGUCACCGUUGGUGCGACAUUUACAGUUAUUUUCGUCCUCGUUGAAGCUACCUUGCUCUUGAGUCAGGUAGCUCCAUUCCUUCACCUGUUCACGGCAGCUGUUGCCUCGUUCCAAAAGCUGCGCGCAGACAUCGACCGCCAGCCACAAAUUGACGCUACCAGUGAAUCAGGUAUUCACCUCUCACAGGCAGAAGGUGGCUUCGAAUUCAAAAAUGUCUCAUUCACUUAUCCCUCCCGGCCCGAGAUCACGGUGCUUGACCAGAUCAGUCUCUCCAUUCCGGCCAACAAGCAUACUGCCCUUGUCGGUCUAUCUGGAAGCGGCAAGUCCACUAUCGCCGGCUUGGUCACAAGGCUGUAUGAUCCCACGGAUGGGCAGGUCCUCUUUGACGGUCACGACCUUCGUGAGGUCAAUACCCGUGAUUUGAGAAGCUUCCUCAGUUUGGUGCAGCAGGAGCCCUCGCUGCUCGAUCGGUCACUUUUGGAAAACAUCGCACAUGGCUUGAUCAAUUCGAGCAAUCCUAGUCAUGCUCAUCUGAAGACGACUCUUCUAAGUACUGACCUUGCAGAUUUGGCAGCGGAAGUCAGGGAAGGUGUGGAUAUUAUGGCUGCAGCAGAGAAGCGAGGCUCUGAAGCUGUUGAAAUUGUCAAUCUAGUGCGAAAGGCCGCGGCGCUUGCUGAUGCAGAUGGCUUUAUCAGUGUAUUACAGCAUGGUUACGGUACACUUGUCGGUUCUAGUGGGCGACUUAUCAGUGGUGGUCAGAAGCAACGAGUCUCCCUUGCUAGGGCCCUCAUCAAGGAUCCUGCGGUACUUAUAUUGGAUGAAGCCACAGCAUCGCUCGAUUCAAGGAGUGAGCAGCGUAUUCAACGGGCCAUCUCAAACAUUGCCAGUGGCAGAACUAUGAUCACAAUUGCCCAUCGUCUGUCCACAAUCACCAGCGCCGACAAUAUUAUCGUUAUGCACAAGGGACAUAUCGUUGAACAGGGAGAUCACGUGACAUUAAUGGCUAAGAAUGGAGCGUACGCUGACCUGGUGAAUCUGCAAACUCUGGGAUCUGCCCCCGGCAAGAAAGAUAAGACAACUAGCGCAGAUGACAUCAGGAAGUCUGACAAGGCCUCUUUAUCUGACGCUGGUAUCGAGGAAAGCAGUGUCUCCAACGAUGGUAUGGGAGCCACUGAGAAAAAGAAGUCUCAGCAAGUGCAUCUCCAGUCACUGAGCCUGCUGAACCUGCUGCAGAAGAAGAGCCAGAGACUCCCAAGAAAUCUCUGUGGGCGCUACUGCGCGGGUUCCAGCAUUGUCGGCGGCGCCUUCUCUGGCGAAGCCGUGAUUUUCGGAAACACCGUUGGAAGUCUGAAUCCCUGUCACAGUGAGAGCUAUAUUCGGAAUGCCGGAAACUUCUUCGGACUCAUGUUCUUCGUACUUGCCAUUAUUGAAUUUUUCGCGAACCUGGUUAGCUGGACCGGGUUUGGCUGGGUAUCGGAAAAAAUCGUCUUCACAGUCAGAGUCUUGUCGUUCCGCUCACUCUUUGAGCAAGAUCUCCAAUGGCACCAAUCUAACGGUCGAUCACCCGCCUUGCUCCUCUCCUAUAUUACUCGAGACGGCAACGCUUGGCGGGACUGA